AUGCUAAUAGGAUUAGAGUCUACAAUUACUAACUGGCAUAGUAAUAUCGAUUUUAAAGAAAAGGUAACCUUUUAUAACUGGAUUGUAGCUACCUACCAUAGUUUUUAUCCUAACAGUGACCAAGAAGACGACAUAUUCGAGCAAUUCACUGAUGCUAAUGAUCAUGAAUGCAGCAGUCAGGAGCAAGAUUUAAUGUUUAAUAAAUAUGACAUCUGCAAAAUGUUAGUGGGAGAGCUACAGAAUAAAUGUAAUAUCACAACUGUGUCAUCCCAAGAUUUCGGUUGGUUAACAGUAUUUGAUGAUAAUAAUAAUACUAACAAUGUUAAUGAAACUAGUGGGACUAAUGAUGCUAGCAUCAAUGAUGAUUAUGAUAAUGUAAAUAAUGAUAAUGUAAAUAAUGAAAUUGAGUUAGUCGAGGAGGAAAUUAUAGAAGAAAGCGUAGAAACAAUAGAAAAUGAAUAUAUAUUCAAUAGUAUCAGAACUCCAUACAUUCAAAUAAUUAACAAUAACAAUAGAAAUGAAGUUUUACAUAGAAAACGUCAUGUAAUUAAAGAUUGGGUAGUACGACGUUGCAAUUCAUUGCUGAAAAGUCAUGAUAGUAUUGAAUCAGUGAAACAUUUCAAAUAUCUAGAAAAUCAACCAAGUUCCAGCAGGUUAGGAGAAAUUAAUACAACAAGAAAUGAAAAUUGUGACCACCAAUUUAAAAUGCAGAGGAAAUUUCAUAAAUUGUUUCAUAAGGAAAGUAAAGGUGAAAGAAAGCGUGAUGCAAUAAUGCUAUUAUUUAGGUAA